CUUUGUAUCUCACCUCAGUCUUCACGACUCAUUUUCACUUUUAAUCUAUAAGGCUUAGUUUAUUCAGUGUUGAUAUUCAACAACUUCUUAAACUCUUACUUCAGAUGGAUGAUCCUUUUUCACCUUCAAUGCUUGUAUCUGCUAAUCCUUUUUCAAAUGAUAACAUGAAUGCUUCGGACUGCUCCAUUUGCUUGGAGGAUAUUACAAAUAACAAUGGACGCAGGUCAAUCGCCAAAUUACAAUGUGGUCACUUUUUCCACUUGGAUUGUAUAGGUUCGGAAUUUAAUGUAAGGGGUGUAAUGCGUUGCCCCAAUUGUAGAGAGGUAGAAGAUGGAAAUUGGCUAUUUUCAGAAGGCAAGGGACCUUAUGAACACUAUGACGUGGAAGAGAGUGAGGAGGAUGAUGAACUUGAACUGCCAGCGGAGGUGCGCUACAGUCCAGCCGUUGAAGUGGAAGCUCAAAUUGCUAGGGAUACAAGGGGUCCCGUUACAAACUUCCUUCCAAGGGUCUUCAUAUUGACGGGUUGUGCACAACACUGCCCAACUGCAGAUGGUUGUGCAAGUUCUCAUAGUACUACUUCCUUGCCAGCUAUAAAUGUCCAAUGUCAGCAGCCUGUUACGAACAUCAUUGUGAAUUCUCCUACAACUGUUGCUAUCAUCAGGAAUGCAAUCAACUCCACCAAUGUGCCUGAUGGAAAUGGGCCUACAGGAGCUGCAAAUGGAGGACCGAUGCAAAUCCUUAUCCAUCAGCAGUUUCAACCAAUGCAAAUUCCUGCUCCUUCGUCUGAUGUUAAUGGAACUGUCGAGCGUGAAGAAGCGACGCCUCCGCCAUCAGAAAAUGGACCAGCACCUCAACCAAAUGAGCAGGCUGUUACUAAUAAUCCAGAACCUAAUUAUCUUGAGCUUACUCUGGCAACUGAAUCAACUAUUGAGGAGAUCAAUCACCUUUUGCCCGAAAGCAUGAACCUGGAAAAUUCUACAGAGGAGACUAAGCAAGCUUCUGAUGAACAAGAUGAUGAAAUGGAGGAAAAUAUCGACUGUUCAAGUUGCUCUUCCCUUGAAUUCUGAAUGAAUAGUACCAUGAUCGUAUAUAUGGUACUUAUGACUUAUUAUGAACUAUUUAUUUUAGUGUUUGUGUUUUGGGAUUGUUUUCUGUCUUGUUUUUAAAGAGUGUGCGAUAUGUCAUAGUACUUGGAAACUUUUGAUUAUCCCAGUGAUGGGUUGACAUUUUCAUAAUUAAUUAUCAGUUUCAAAUUGCUUUGUUUAUCUACUUUUUUUUUUAUUAUUUUUUAUUUUUAAAUUUAUGUCUUUGAGGUGGCGUGGACCUUUUAUUUCUUCGGGAUGGAAUGUACAGGAAACAGAGGGUAAAAGUGGCCUCUGGAGAAGAGCAUUUACAAGAUUCAUAUGCUUGCUUGAGGUACUCUAUAGUGAGAAAUAAACUCUCUAAGCAAAAAUUAGGUUCACAAAAAUUUACAGUUGUACAAAGAUGUUCUUCCUUUGUUUAUGCCUAAUUGAUGCCAUAUUUGCCUUGUCAAGAAUGUAUGGCCCUAUCGCAUCUUUACGAAGGUCUUUGGACUGAAAAAAAUGCCCAUCUUGUUCGUCGAUGCUCCA